CUGGUAUGAAAAACAGACACAGAGACAAUGCUGUAAUCCGCUGGAAUGUAUUUCACGUAUUCACAGAAGCCAUCCCUGAGGGUGUGUUUGUUUGUUUCUUGUCACGCCCUCGUCCUCCUGAAACAUGUAUGACAUUUAAAUCGACAGAGGAAUCACUCUGAGUGGCCAUCAGAGUGCAAUGUAAUAAAAUCCCCCCCCCCCGGGUGAACCUGAUAGUGCUGGUCAAGCUCAGCAGGGUCAUUCUGAGGCCUCGCAUGUGAAUCAAAUGAACUGAAGGGAUCUGUCUCACACAAAGUACAUCUGUAACAAGUCGGGUUGAUGCAGCUGGUGUCUGUUCUGUUUACCUUCUAAAAUCACCAGUGUCCUACUUGAUGAAACCUCCUGCCUUUUCUGUUAUGUCACUGAAAAACAGACCAAAAACUACCAGAGCAGAUAGCAUGUUUUUUUUUUUACUCAGUUCGAGGCCGCCCCGCUCCACAGAGCACUGUGUGGCUGUUGGCUGGGGGGGUGGCGACAUGUCCUGUAUUUACUACAAGACAAGUAAACCAGUUCUUCAAGUAGCUGUUGAUCUCUAAACCUGGGUGCAAAGAAAUUGUCCGGAUCACUCAGGACUGCAUUCAGAGAAAGGCACGUCCUUUCCAGAGAGUGCACAGCAGCCUCCCACCCACAGGAACCUGCCAUGGCGCUGCGCCCACGGGCUUCCUCUCAGCCGGGGAAACUUUCCUUCCUCCAAAGUCCCAAGGUCGCUGCUGCGCUUCGGCCGCGGGCUGCCUCCUCGCGCUCGGGCUCGAUGAUGGAGGAGGAGCUGUCCUGUCCCGUCUGCUGUGAGAUCUUCAAGGAGCCCGUGGUGCUGAAGUGCACCCACAGCUUCUGCCGGGCCUGCCUGCAGCAGUUCUGGAACAAGAAGAAGGCCCGGCGCGAGUGUCCCGUCUGCAGGAGCAAGUGCUCUCUGACGGAGCCCACUGUCAGCCUGGUGCUGAAGAACGUGGCCGACACCUUCCUGAGGGAUCAGGAGCGCAAGGCGGCCAUGGGCGGGACGGGGAUAUUGGCCGGUGGUACGGGGCCGGAGGAGACAGGGAUGGUGGAGGAGAAAUGCAUCAUUCAUGGGGAAGUUCUCAAGCUCUUCUGUCUUGAUGACUUUGAGGUGUUGUGCUGUGUGUGUCACACGUCCAAGAAGCACCAGGGACACAGAGUGUGUCCGCUGGAGGAGGGGGCACAGGACCUCAAGGCCGGGCUGAAGAAGGAUCUGAUCCCUCUGAAGAAAAACCUGCGUCACCUGUAUCAGGCCAAGCAGGAGUGUGAUGACACAACUGUCCACAUCAAGAACCAGAUUCAGGCCACAGAGAAGCAAAUCAAGGAGGAGUUCGAGCAGCUCAGGGUGUUCCUGCAGAAGGAGGAGACGUCACGUCUGGCCUCCCUGCAGCAGGAGCACGAGGAGAAGAGAGAGCUGGUGACCAGGAAGUCCAACGGCAUCACCAGAGAAAUCCUCACCUUCUCUCACGCCGUCAUCGCCAUCGAGAACGAGAUCGCGUCCAGCGAUGCGCUCUUCCUUCAGAAUUACACAAACACAAAGAAAAGAGCACAGAUCCCACAGAAGGACCCAGAAAAAAUGUCGGGCACUCUUGUGAAUGUGGCCAAACAUGUCAGCUCCCUCAAAUAUAAUGUGUGGCAGAAGAUGGUGGAGCUGGUUCACUACACACCCAUCACCCUGGACCCCAACACGGCCUACUCCUUGUUGUCCCUCUCCUCAGACCUGACCAGCGUGGCCAACAGUGGAUGCCUGAAGCAGCUGCCGGACAACAUCGAGCGCUUUGGCCACUUCGUGUUCGUGCUGGGCUCGGAGGGCUUCACCUCAGGCCGCCACGCCUGGGAGGUGGAGGUGGGCAACAAGGUGGACUGGAUGCUCGGGGUGGUCAAGGAGUCGGUCGACAGGAAGGGCCGCAUCUCGGGCUGUCCCGAUGGCGGCUUUUGGAUGAUCUCGCACUACGAGACAGAGUACGCGGCCAUGACGAGGCCCAGCACCCCGCUGCACCUGCAGGGCGAGCUGACCCGAGUGAGGGUGCAGCUGGACUACGACUCCGGGGAGGUGACCUUCUCCAACCCUGUCAGCAUGAUGCCCAUCUUCACCUUCACUGGCUGCUUCACUGAGAAGAUGUUCCCCUUCUUCUGCCCCGGCGCCAACAUCAACGGGAAUAACCCCGACCCCCUGAAGAUCUGCCCCGCCAAAGUGGCCGUGUGGAACAGUGCGACGUGGUGAUGUCUUGAGAACAUUAGUGUACUAGAAAUUUAAGAAAAGUGCAAAUCAAGUGAUUCAGGCAGAUGAUGUCAGUGCAUGUCAGUGUGUAAAAUGAGCACGGUACAAGCAGAGUGAUCAGAAUAAUAACUGGUUUAUUUUAGUGGGGUUCAUUCAGAGUUUAGAAACAGGAUCUCUGUUUGCUUAUAGGCUCUACAGUUAUAUUCAUAAAGCAGCGCUCAUGUCCGGGAUAUUUGAGCUCCCCUUCUGGAAGCAAAGUGAACUUAACACCAGACUCUGUGAAUGUGAAUGAAGCCUAUGAAAUGUCUCACCAUGAGCACUGAGAAGGUUUGUGUUGGUUUCAGAAUAAAUUAAAUUAUAACAGCUACAGAUGCAUAUUCACUUUUUUCAGUGACUGUGUGAUUGCACAAACUUCCAACCAGUGUGUGUGUGAAAACCUGAAUUCCUGCAACAUGAUGUAAGUGUGCUGCUUCUCAGUUAAUAAAGUGAAUGA